AUGGAGUUAGAGAAGGGCGAGCCCGAUACAUUGCAAGGGUUUGUCAAUUGGAAGGGAGAAGCUGCUCGCAAGGACAAACAUGGCGGAUUCCGGGCUGCAAUGUUUACUUUUGUUAUGAUGGGUUUCCAGAACAUGGCGUUUGUUUCUCUUGCAUGCAAUCUCACCUCAUAUCUCAUGAUGAGUAUGUGUUUUGACAUUUCGAAAUCUGCCACAACAGUAACAAAUUUCAUGGGAACGGCCAACCUGCUUUGUUUAGUUGGUGCUUUUAUUUCUGAUACGUACUUCACCAGAUUACGCACAUUAAUCAUCUCGGCAGUCAUAGCCUCCAUGGGAUAUAUAAUAUUGGCCAUACAAGCCUAUUUCCCUUCUCUCAGUCCGGCAUGCCGCUUAAAAGAGAAACUGGAUGGCCGAGAGGCAACGUUACUGUUUGUGGGCUUAUAUCUGAUUGCAAUUGGCACAGGUGGUUUGUUACCUGCGGGUUCAACCCUGGGAGCAGACCAGUUCGAUGAAAAUGAUCCAACCGAGAGGAAGCAAAAGUCUAGUUAUUUUAACUGGUUAUUGUUCAGCAUUGUAUUAGGAGGGAGUGUGGGAGUCACAUUUUUAGUUUGGAUUGAAAUAUCUAGAGACGAUUAUUUCUCAGGAUAUUUGAUCUCUGCAGCAGGCAUCUUGUUUGGUAUGAUGUGCAUUAUUAUGGGUAUGAAAACCUACCGCUACAAGGUGCUUGGGGACAGUCCCCUCCUCCGUAUUGCACAGGGUGUACAACAUGAAGUAAUCCUUCAGAACCAUAUUCUACAGAAGAAACAAGUGCACUAUUUUUCUGGGCUUUCAUAA